AUGGCCAGGACCGCUGCUAAAUACGACGACAACCACAACCACAACUACAACCUCCGCAAUACUACCCGCUCUCGCUCUCGCUACCAUGAAAACCUCCAGAUACCAGUAACAGCAAACAUCCCGUCGUCCUCCAACACCAUCCAGAUGCCUCAGACCAUAUUGGGCACGACGACGGUGGUAGAGGCUUCCUCCCAGGUUGGUCUCCUCGUCAGCGACCCAGCCCAGCCACCCAUCGCACACCUACAGCCCAAGCGCCCACCCACCGAUGGGGAGUGGAAGAGCCCUCCGAAGGCGCCAAACAUCCCGUUCGGGGACCUCUUCCUCGAAUGUGGGAAUAAGCAUUACGGCUUCGAGUUCUACUCCUACUCCGAGUCCGCCGCAGCCGCCCCGAGGCCGAGCUCACCGUCCCCGCGAGCCCUCCUCGAAGCGGCAUACAACGCCAUCAACCCCCCGCUCACGGAUGCCCGGCUCGGCAUCCUGGACGAGAAGCUCCGGCUCCACCACAUGUACAACGACUGGCUCCCGAGCCGGGAGAUCACCGCGGACGACUACCACAACUUCACGUUCUUCCGCGCCCUGCACGACGUCUACAUCGCCAUCGCGUGGUACCGCGUGCUCGACGAGACCUCUGCCAUGUCCACGGACGAGCUCGAGGACCCCAACUCGGCCAGCAACCAGUUCGAGCGGCUCAUGGCAGCGUUCCUGCGCGGCCAGGACAUGAUGCGGGAGCACUGGGAGCAGUUCGACAGGGCGCACCCUCAGGAGCCCCGCAAGAGCUCGGAGCAGAUGUUCGUGCGGAUGAACUGGGCCGUCAUGUCGGCGCCCGGCGGCAAGAACUGGUCGACCUUUCUCUGGCCGCGGCUUGUGGUCACGCAUCUCAGCAAUCCGGCUAAGAAGUGGUGCGGCCGCCAGUUCAGGCAGUGCGUUAAGGACGCAAAGCUGCAUAUUCCGUGGGAGAUCUUUGUGGAGCGCUUCGAGAAGGGGUAUGAGUUCCAAUUUGCUGGAAGGGGAAAGAAGGAACUGUUUCCGAGAGAGGUGCACUGUUAUGGUGGGCUGGAGUCCAUCAGAGCUAGGGUCGAGGCGUGCUUGGAGGAGCCCGACGGCCGCGAUAUCAUCAUGAUCAACCUAGCCUAACGAACCCGGAAGACGAGUGAAGG